AUGGUGUACAGAGCAGCUGCUUUGCGAGGAUUGGCCAUCGCACAGAUGGUGUUUGGGGCUUUGAUGUUCGUCUUUGGAAUAGCAUCUAUUUUCGCCACUAUAGACUGGACUUCGUACGCUGGUUUUGGCAUCUGGGUUGGCGUUUGGGUAAGUUUCGUCUAACUGUUCAAAUAAUAGGGACCUUAAGAAAAGCACGACGGCGACGGCAACGAGGACGUGGCAGAACAAAAAGAUCUAAAGGGCAGAACAAUAGCCAGCAUGUGCGUUUUAAAACUAUGCUCAUUUCAUAGCUGUCCUCUGCAAAACCACAACGAGGAAUCAAAAAAAAAUUGCGUCGCCUGCGAACGGAAACCGCGGCGGCAAGUUAUGCAAGUUAUUUUUAUUUCCCUUUGGAAAUCAACGCUGCUUAAUAUACGUUAUGCUGAAGUUGAGGUAAGGCGCCGUAAGAGACAAUGAACUCAUGCGACUAUUUUCGAACAGAAAUUCAUUUUUUAAUCGAUGCGUGUCUUAGAAUAGAAUGAAUGAGUUUUUAGUGGCAAAGGUUAAGAUAAUAGACAUUUUGUUGCACGCUAUUUCGACUGAAGUUAUUUAGUUGGCUCUUUUGCAGCAGAUUCAAUAUGAGCUUACGGUUCACAGGCGCUUGGUCAUUUAAGAAGGCACUCCUUCCACUAAAAUCUGAAAUCACAACCCUAUAGAUUAUUACGCAUACAGUUCUUGGAUAAAGAAAAUAAUGGCGAGAAGCAUAGAUUGUAUUUAGGACCGGGGACUUGUUUUCCAAUUGUAUGAGGCGGAGCAAAAAUCUUACCAAUCUAUUUUCAAUGAGAAGCAAACUGGUGUUCGUCGGGAAUUGACGAAAGAAAGACAUUGAAAGACAGGCGUUUGAACCAAAUCAAUUUAAGGAUGGGCGUGCACUCUCUGAUUGCGUUGCAUUGUGGUUUCGUUAUUUUCCCCUUUAUGGCGGUGAAAGGGAAAGAAUCGGCAGAUUUUGACUGAACAUUCCGUAAAAGUUAGGCCAUUCCUUUUUCCUUUCGCCAUAGGUGAAUGUAAUUUGAUUUAUUUUGAAAGUAUUUUCCGUACGCAUAUCUCGCAAUUUCAGUUGGUUGUCAAGGACAAAAGGAAUCACUGCGUUUAAGUAUCUAAUUUCAGACCAGUCUUCGAGAAGGUCAAAUUUGAUGUACGUGGUUGGUUGAAGUCUUUAUUUAUCCAAAGAUUUGGAUGGUCGCCUUGAUCAAAAGCUCUGACCAAACGCUCCCCAACGGUCCUCGUGUUUUAUGUAUCCCAAGAGCUAGCGUUUGAGACCGGUUAUGGCAGCGAAAAGGCCUAUCCUGGUGAAUAGCUACAGUGUAUUGCGUUACAUAGCGUAAUGUUAUUGUAAGGACAUUUCCUAUUUAUACUCGAUGGUAUUGAAAAUCUACUUUCUUUUAGCGCUCGCGCAAACUCCCACAACUUCAAAACAUACAUUUGAAUUUACUUACAGAUUCUUUCCUUCCAAUUUACAGAGGAAUUCUUCAUACGCUAAACAUUGAGUGAAGUGAAUGAUAUUUUCCAUAAGGUCAUUAAAUGGCUUUGGAGAAAAAAUUGUCGUAACAGUCAUUGAACUUGAGUUUGUUUGCCAAACCAGUACCAUUGUUAUUUUUUUUCAAAAGUGCACCGAUGCUUUUUUUCUCUUACGCGCUCUCUAAUUGAUGGGUGUAAGAUUGUGACAGAUACCUGUAAAAAAAAUGUUUGAAAGUUUUUUGAAAGCCUUAUAAAUCACCUUCAUUGUUACGCAAAUAAGAAAAUAUCUAGGUGAAGUCUCUCUCUUUCAUUUAUGUUAUCUCUGUCUCUGUCUUAACUGCCUUUUACUCCCUCAGAAAUUGUUCAGUUUAAGGAGGAUCUAAGUAGAUUGCCUUGUGAUAAGCUAAUGGGGAUGUGCCACUGGAUUGGGUCACAUUUUUAUGGGGCACUGCCUUGUGAUAGGCUAAUGGGGGCGCCACUGGGUGGAGGUCACCUUUUUAUGGGGUACUGCCUUGCGAUAGCCCAAUAGAGAUGUGCCACUCGAUGAGGUCACAUUUUUAUGGCUGGAUUGAUUACAACUGGGUUGCAUUUUCCAUAGAGUUAUUUGAAUGGGGUCGAUGCCACUUUUUUGGGAUUUUGGGGGUAGGAAAAUUGUGGGCAAUCUUUGGCAUCAUCACAUAGCUCUCCAGAGAUGACCUCGUUAAAAGGUUAUAUAAUGAAGAUACAUAAACAAAAAGUGGAUGAGUUGGGAUCGCGAAAAUUAUAUUUUGGUGAACUCCAUCUGCACUUCAGUUGGUGGAGCUUUCUGAGCUUGUUUGAUUUGAAUUGUAUAUUUAUGGCAAGCAAAACGUGAAAAAAUUAUCACUUUGACUUGAAGAAUACUUAAUAUGUUCUUAUUCCACAAUGAGAAAUGAAUUAUUUAAUUGAUCUUUCUGCUUGUGUGAAUUGUAGGUUUUUAUCACCGGAAUUUUGGGAUACGUCGGAGCAAGAAAUGAUUUCUACCCAAACAGGUGUUUGGUGAGUUACUGGGCUUUUUCAGGAAACCCCUUCAAUACAAACUACCUUAUUAUAGUGAAAGAGCCUCGAUUACAUGUAUUUGAUUGAUGAGCCAAAAAAUUAAAACUGAACGCUUGAAAUAAAACAUGCAUCAAUAUAUUAGGUGAAAAUGAAAGUAAAUCCUUAAAGAUUCAUUGCGCAUAUACUGUUAACCUCCAGCUAAAGUUAUCCAGCAACGAUUUACAUGGCCUAAAAUGCUGGUGUUGUUCAAGUGGCUACAGUGUGUGCCCACUACUAAUUCCAUCACUCUUAGAAACUGCAUGAGCUGAAUAUUGUCAGCCUUGUUUUGUGUUUUCGGCCAUGUUAAGCACUUCCUCAAACAUUUAAGAGUUUUGAAAAGUUUAAUAUGUGCUUAUGUGCAUAUGUGCCCUGUUUGAUGAAAAAAUUAAAAAAUGAUAUGGAUCUUGAAUAUUAUUUUAAUAUAAUAAUUAUUUUAAUAAAUAUUCUUAUUCAAUGGGACCAGUGAGGCGUGUCUGGAUAGUUAUAAAAAUGAUAAUAAUAAUAAUAAUAAUGAUAACAAUAAAAAGAUACCAGUAACCAGGGCCCAGAUUAUCUAGGGCUACCCUUAGUAAGGGGGAGAGGUAAGAUGAACUCCUCCUCUCCUGCCCCAUUUACAGCAUUUUUCAAUUUUUCUUAGACAUUUUCAAAGACCAAUAUUCAAUUGAUAAAUUGGUCAAAAAUAGAUAAAUUAAUAAAUAAAGAAAGAGAAAAAUGAAGACGGAAAGGAAGAGAGAAAAAAAAGAAACAACAGAAACAACUCAACUAGCAAAUCAGUAAUACACAUUACCUUUAGGUUAAUAAAACUCACAUAAUAGUUAUCCUGAACUGAAUUUUUCUGAAUGAAACUUUUUAGCCUUAAUAACUCUUGUGCAAGCCUAAUUGUUUAAAUAUAAAUUUAAGGUAACUUUUCAAGGAAUAAAUUCUUUAAUUUGAAAUUGAAUUAAACAUCCGAGGGGGAGCAACUGGCCAAUUUUUAGGCUAAGAUUUUAUGAAAGAGUAGGUGGUUUUUCCAUUGCUCUGUGAGACCAUUUUAAUUGUACUUGACAUAUUUGUAGUUGGCUUUCAAUGAAAAUAAAGAUCAGUUUUUUAACCUGAGAGAGUGCACCGUCAAAAUUCCAACAACCAAGCUCUUCUCUGACAAGCCACAAUCUCCUCCUUCUCUCUUAAAAGGCGUUAAAAUUACACUAACAGUAAUUCUUUCCUAUAUUUUAUGGCCUAUCAUAAGUACUAAAAUAUUUUAUUACGACUGGUUAUAAAUAGGAAAAAUAUACACUGUUCAGCAAAUUGUGUCAUUCUUUUUAAGCUAAGAGGCAAUAUUGAUGGACAAAAAUAAUUUCCUAUCUGAAAGCCCUGGAAUCUUGAGUGAAAAAUAACUGGAAUUUUGGCCCUUUAUAAGUUUUGAAUAAUUAACCCACACUCUAAAACAAGUCCCAAUCUGAAAACCCUGGAAUGUAACACCCCUCACUCCGUCCCUUGGGUUUUUCAGAGAAUUUAAAGUCUUUACGAAAAUUGAAUUGAAUGGGGAGCAGAAAUGGCGCGGUGGUGAGAGUGCUCGCUCUCAUACUGCUAUGUGCGGGGUUCGAUUGCUGGACCUGCAGUCACGUGCAACCUGCAUGGGUUGUGUUUGUUAUUAGUUGUCGUUGUUGCUCCGAAGGGGUUUUUCUGCAGGUCUUUCGAUUUCCCUCUAUCCACAACACCACAACCAGGAGAUAGUGGACCGGAAGAGCCACUUAAUGAAAUGUCCGCUGCUAAAUUAUAACUAAUAAUUGUUAUCAUUAUUAUUGAUCAAAAAGAUUGGUAUGAGACUUAAUACGUUUAAUUCAUGUACAUUUACCAGGAGAUGGUCCAGUUUGAACUCUAAUUGAAUUGUGUGGUGUGUCUUUAUCAACAGAUUGGAUGUUUUAUGGGUUUCUCUAUCACGGGUUGUGUCUACUCAGGUACAAUGUUCAUCUGCUAUAGCAUUACUCUCGCAGUCUACGCUGAAAUGAAGAAAUACUGUGACAGUUAUAAGACUUAUUCUCCAUACCGCUACAAAAGUAACCGUUAUGAUACCAACAAGAACUAUGAUUGCUAUGGGAGGUAUGGCCUCAGAGCUACAGCAGAAAACUUGGCUGGUUUAGGCUCUUGUCUUCUUAUUUUGUCCUUGGUUGAGUUGGUCGUGGCCAUUGCGUCAUCCAUCUAUUGUUGCAAGACAGUGUGUUGUAACUCAGGAAGAGUUGGGAACACAGUAAGUAAUUACCACCAACAAUUCAGUUGUUAAUGUUUAAAUCUAUCUUUAAAUCAUUUGUUGCCAAUAUCUUUUUUUUUUAUUUUUUUUAUAAAUAUUGCAUCAAAUAUUUUUUAAUACUUACGGUUAGUUUCACAAAAAAAGGGGCACAUAACUGGACAUUUGGGGCUAAAACCGAAAACUAUUCAGUGUUAUAAUCCAUCAAAUAUUUUUGCUCGCGCGAAAUUGUUCUAAAUUCAUCAUGUGAUCAAAUAUGCCCUGGCUAAAAGUGGGAAAUAUCCAAGGAUGUAUAGCCCAACUGAUAUUCCCCAAUCAGUUAAAUCCUUAUGGUCAAUAUGAUAAAAGCCUUCAUUUGAACUUAAAUUGAAGAUAAAAGAGCAUAUAGAUACUUUUACAAAAGAAGAAACAUACUUUUUUGUUGUUGCUCAAGUGGGACCAGAGAAUACUGAAAUGGAACUUAAACCAGCAAAAAUUAAGUUGUUCACAAACACUUUCCCCGCGCAAUUUGCAAAAGUAUGUUGAAGGAUGAUAUACACGCCAAAAAUAUACCCUUAUAUUUGUCCUUGGACAUUAUCUAUUCUCUUGUUCAUCAUAACCCUCUCGGAAGGCUGUUCGCAUCUCAGAAGACAGUUCGUAUCUCGGAACAGAUAUAUUAAUGUCCACGGACAAAUAUCCGUGCACAUUUUAGUGCCCGAUGGCAGCUAUUGUUUAUUCAUUGCAAUUUUAAAAUCUUGUGUCCUGUUUCCCAGUCUAACUUUGUUCUGAGAAAAUUGUUAGCAUCAUGGAACAAAUAUCUCUGCAUUGAACACAAUCCCACUUGUAUAGUAUUAAUAAUGAUCAUAAUGAACAAUUUAUACUGAGUUAUGGACAUUUUUAUAUAGUUAUUAUUCACUGUGAACUAAUGGAAUUUUUAGGUUUGAAUGUAGUACAGUCAACUCCCCUCUUACAGACACACUCAUUUUUCCUGUCCACAGUUGCUCUGUUGUAAACCUACCAAGUGAAUGGUUUUGUGCAUUCUAUUAACCUUAUUUGGUGAAAUGACAGCUAGCAAUUUUGAUGAAUUAUUAGACUUUAAAUAUUUAAUCUAUCAGGCCCCAGAUGUUUGAAGGGUUAAUAACACUAUUCACUGGAUAACUCCCUAUCCGCUGGAUAGCGCAUUAUGUUUUAUUAACCUUUUAACUCCCAGAUCAAAUGUUUCAUUCUCCUUACUGUCAACCAUACAAUUCUUACAAUGCUAGCUCAGAGAAUUAAUUAUUGGAUCAAGUAAUUAUCCCCAAAUUGAUAUUUUUCUUUAUUCUCAUCGCUUAUCUGGUUGAUAUUGUAUUGAUAUUUUGAGGAGAAAUUCUGUGUUGGUCAUUAAUGGGAGUUAAAGGGUUAAUUCUUAUCAGCUGGAUCGCGAUUUAUCCAUUGGAUAGUGUUAUACGCUCUUUGAACAACUGGACCCUUGGCUGAUGUUUAAUUAUUUUGACUACGAAGACAAGGACCAACCAGCAAGGGAAUUGUUUGCUUGUGCCAAUGAGUAAAUAGCUAUGUUUUGUAAACUGUAGUGCUUGUAGCCAAUAAUUAUACAGAGCACUUUAGCUAUAUAGAGACCCUUUGUAAAUAGCCCUAGUUUUAAUUGUACUAAUUUUAUAUUGUAAAUAAUUAUUUAAUUCAGCCUUUGGCUGCAGCUAAGUUAUUCUUAUGAAACUCUCUAUCUCAACCAACCAGCAAAUGACUUUUGUACAGCCUCAGCAGAGGGCACAGCCUGGUGUGGUUUUAAUGCAGACUGAAGGUGGUGUGGUGCCACAGGGUUACCCAGCAACAAGCCAGCAACCUAUGUAUGUCCUCCAGCAGGUAAUUAGAUAUAAAUAAUUAUGUACUGAUACAAAGUAAAUAUAUCAACGUUUGGACAUGCAAAUUUCCAGGCAGUUUACUAUAAACUUGGAGUGAUCAAAUGUUUUUUUUUUGGUUUAGUUUGUUUGUUAGAAAACAAAUUAAUUAGUAUUCCAUGCGGUGCAGUGUUCACAAUAGAAAUUCAAUUUGGUCUAAAGUUAUCCAAGAAUACAUUAACUGCAAGAGAGUAUACUUUAAUAGGUUUAAAUAGGGGAAAAGAGAAAAAAUUUAGAUGCAUAAAAGUGAGUGAUCAGCAUCUAAUUUCUCAUUACAAUAUAACCCCUGAAUCACACAUUAAGGUAAAAAGAAUGAGGGAAGUGAUCACCAACUGAAGAAGCUCUCGAUUGUUAAACAAAUUCUCCUGAUCAGGUGCCUUAGGAAACACUAUAUAUUAAGGACAGUAUGGAGUAAAUGCAUACUCGUGUUAUGGUGUAAAGACUAUUAAUAGCUACUGACACAUACAUUCUGUAUGGUAAUUUUUUGAGCUUGAUGGGUGAAUAAAGAAAAAAUCUGAAUUUGUUAGAUAUGAACCUACUAAUGGCCCAGUUCACCUGAGUGAGCUCUCUGUAGCUCAGUGGCAGAGCACAAAAUUUAAAGGCCUUGUGUCUAGUUCAAUACAGAUAACUCAGAGAUUUUUGCCCCAUGCAUGUGAAAAAAUUUGAUAAAAUCUUGCCUAAUAUGCUGUCAAGAAGUCUGAAGUCAAUAACGUUCUAGGUCUAAAAACAUUUUGGCAUUGUUCAUUUGACAGCCUGCAGUGGUUGCACAGCCUGGAGUGGUUGCACAGCCUGGGAUGGUUGUACAGCCUGGGAUGGUUGCACAGCCUGGGGUGGUUGCACAGCCUGGAAUGGUUACACAGCCAGGAGUGAUUGCACAACCUGGGAUGGUUGCACAGCCUGGGGUGGUUGCACAGCCUGGAGUGAUUACACUGCCUGGGGUAGUUUCAGUGACUGGGGUGGCCGUUUAGCAACCCAAUUACUGGGCUACAUGAAUCAAUACAUUCACUACAUGAAUCAGCAGCCACAUCUGGAGACUUUUGUAGUGUAAUUAGGGCAUGCUUUUGAAGUUUUGUGUUCGUGAGCUCUUGUAGUGGAAGGGGAAAGAAAUAGGAACCAUGGGAGAGGAGUGGUUGGAGAGGACAAAGAUAUAAGAGAAGUCACAGAUAUUGAAGCCCGGUAAAAAGCAAGAGAUUCUGUCCUCCACCCACCCACCCACCUCUGUCUCUUUCCCGAUGUAGGUAAAGCUGUGUCUCCAGAACCGGUAUGUUUACAUAAUAAGCUGAAUUACUGCAGCAUUUAUUUUGAUUGGCUCAUUCUUAUAAUCUUUUGGAGGACAGACAUAGAUGAUGUGACCAUUAGCAAUUUUUUGCUUCUUCAUUAUAUAUAGCAAAUACGGGAAGACAGAUGACGUCACAAUGUGGCUGUGCCUCGUUUGCCACUUUUUGGAUCUAACUACAUUAUGACACCAUCUAUCAUCUCUUACUAAACAGAGAUAUGUCAGCAUGAAAUCUCUUUUUUAAUUCGUAAGGUAUAUUUCAGCUUUAAUGUUUGAGAAGAUACGGGAAGGAAUAAUAUGCCGGAUUUGCCUUUUCUUAGGAAAUGACGAUUUAGAUGUGACACUGUAUUGUUUAAAUUGAAGAACUGAAUGUGGCUUUUAAUCCUUAAUUGCAGCCUGUGUUUUACAAUUUUAACUAUGGUAGUAAUACUUAUAAUAAGCUAACGUUGUGACUCGAAUGAUUAUCCAUUUGUUCAUAUUACAAUAAAGUAUGUCAAACAUGCAAUUUUUUUCAUGUAUAUGGGUGCGAAAUUUUGUUUAUGUAUACAGCUAUUUCAAUUUACGUUGUCGAAUCAAAGCCUCAAGCCUACAAGACAAGACCGAAGGGGAAUAUGGGAUGUUAAUGAAUAAUUAUCAGCAAAAUUAACAAUGCCUCGUCCAUACAGCGAAGAUCUCCGAUGGCGAGCCAUUUGGAUGAAAGAAAUGUUGGGGUUUCAAGUGGAUGAGGUGAAUUAAUUCUAAUCUACCCAUACCGCCUUUCGGUCUUGUCCCGUACCCUUGAAGCUUUGAUCCGACAACGUAAAUUGAAAUAGCUGUAUUCUAUUUUCAUUAACUACCAAACCUGAAGAUAUCAAUCUGUAAAAUGUUGCUUUUAUUAAUUGUUGCCGUUCUUUGGUAACUGAAUCCUUCGUCACUAACAAUGUUUGACAGGAAUACUUUGCAAAAAUAGAAC